UCUUCUCCCUUCUCGCACGGCCCUCCUCGCUUCUCCCCUCCUCUCCCUCUCCUUCUCCCCGCGACGCCGCCGCCUCCCACCUCGCCGUGCCCAGGAUGUGGGGCAGCACUGAGGGCGGGACGCCGGAGGUCACCCUAGAGACCUCCAUGGGCGCCAUCACCGUCGAGAUGUACUACAAGCACGCGCCCAAGACCUGCCGGAACUUCGUCGAGCUCGCGCGCCGCGGAUACUACAACGACGUCAUCUUCCACCGCAUCAUCAAGGAUUUCAUCGUGCAAGGUGGGGAUCCUACUGGAACCGGCAGGGGUGGCGAGUCCAUCUAUGGAGUAAAGUUUGAGGAUGAGAUAAAGUCGGAGUUGAAGCACACCGGGGCUGGAAUUCUGUCCAUGGCGAACGCUGGUCCAAAUACAAAUGGAAGCCAGUUCUUCAUAACUCUUGCGCCUUGUCAGUCACUUGAUGGAAAGCAUACAAUUUUUGGGAGGGUAUGCAGAGGCAUGGAAAUUGUUAAGCGCCUUGGAAGUGUGCAGACUGACAAAAAUGACAGGCCCAUCCAUGAAGUGAAAAUCCUUCGAGCCAUCGUCAAAGAUUGAGAUUGAAGCUUGACGUGCUGAGUUUGGCUCUGUGAACUGUGCUUGUGCCAGUUUAGGUUUAAUGAUCCUGAAAGUGGUGCCAUUCGGGAAAAAAGAUUGAGAAACAGCCUGGUUAUGGGUUGUACUACUGUUAUAUAAAAUUCAUCAAGUGGUGAAUCUUAUCUCUCGAUCUGUCUGACUUGAAAACAUACCUGAUGAGUUAAUCAGAUCAUCAAGUGGUGCAUCCAACCAAACAUAUCCUCCUCUAGUAGAAAAUAAUAUUGCGUUGAACAUGCAGUUUCAUUUGGACCUCAGAAGCAGUGCAGCCUUCUUCCACUUUUAGAAAGCCUGUUGUAGCCUUCUUUUCCUUUCUUUUCCCCGAAGCUUGACCUGGGAUGGAAGAAGGCUCCAGCAGGUGAGAGAGAGCCGAGCUCUGACUUCCCAAUGUAUAUGUUGUAGCCUUGCUAUUUGUGUGUGCCA